AUGAAGGAGGCUGGUUACAUUCCAGAGACUAGAUUCGUGUUAUAUGACAUAGAUCAGGAAGGCAAGGAAGAUGCUUUGCUUGCCCAUAGUGAGAGACUUGCUGUAGCUUAUGCCCUCCUCAGCAGCCCAGCUCGUUCAUCUAUUAGGGCAGGGAACUCAUCAUGCGAGAUGCUAAGAGAUUCCACCAUUUCAAAGAUGGCUUGUGCUCUUGCUGAGAUUAUUGGUGAACAACAUGAAACUUGA